UUUUUACAAAACAUCAAUCUUUGACACAUGCCCGGAAUUGUUUCUACUCCGCCACCACAGCUAAUCCGAGCCACUUUUGUAACCGAUGGUGGCGCUCAUGAUGAGGUGGAGUUCUCGUCCGAUUUGCACGAUGCCGUGUUUCAAAGCGCGCCCGCGCCUUUUUACGCCGCGAUCAAGCUUCUCGGCUCCUCCAACACGGAUAUUGAUCUCUUUCAGACCUUCAAAACGUUUAAAGUCGGCUUCAACGGGUUUUUGCCGCCGCGCACCGUCCAGUUUCGCAACAACUUGACAAUUGCACGUUUCUGCGCGGACCAGUGCACCGUUGAUUCUGCAUUGGUCCUUUCGGUUGAAAAGCCAUUACCACUCUCAAGCAUCAUUGUCUCGACCCCCGAAGACGUUUAUGAUAUCCUUGCGGCACGGGAGAGCCGGGAGAGUGUUGUGCGCGGCUACCUCGGACUCGAUGCGCGUGUCGUCGGCACGGGCCACUUCAUUCGUGAGCUCAGUUCUGAGGUGGUCAUGUGCGACCCCAUCGGUGCGGGAAUUAUAACCGAAACCACUGAGAUUACCAUAGUGAAGCAGCGAGAAUUGCAUUAUGAUAAUCCGUCGGAAGAUUCGGAGGGCUGGGAGGCUGAUGUCAGCGGCGCUAGUGACUUUAGCGACUUGAGCAUUUCAUCGUACCUUUCACUCGCCCCGCACACAAUUGCGACGGGUUCUGCCGCGCGGACAUGUGCGGAGUUCCACGUCGGGUUGCUUCACACCCCUGUGGAGACCGAUUUCACCGACGACCCCGAGUUUUGCGGGUUUGUAAACGUCGAAGACCUCGGCGCCAUCGGCUGCUUCAGUGGUGAUGUGAUCCAGUUCAAAAUUGGUGAAGAGGUUAAAUUCAUGCGCAUUCGCGCGUUGGUGGAGCCGGUCCACCGCGCUUACCGUACCCAAAAGACCAUUUACAUUUCACCCAUUUGGUUCUACAACCUCGGAAAGCCAGAACUCUUUUCCGUUGGCUCUGCCACCUCCGAAGCAUUGCCCGUUGCCAAGAGCAUCACCCUCGCCAGGGUGGCCUCUCCCGUCACGUUGGACAAGGCGUAUCAACAGAGCUUUCUCUCUGAGCUCAAGUCUUACUUCGAAAAGAGCUUGAAGGUGGUUUCCAACGGUGAUAUGGUUCCGAUUCCAAUCGAUACUCUUCUCGCAAAGACGAUGUUUGAGUCUACCCCGGUGGUUGUCCCAUCGGGCGUGCCCGACGCCAUCGCAUGGUUCCAGGUGACCGACGUGGAUGGGUCGCAUGCGCGUGCGCAGGUGACCGUUGACCCUGCGCGCACAAAGAUGAUCCAGAGCGGCACGACGGUUACAAAGUUGCCGGAUAACGAGUCCACGCACUUUUACGAGUAUUUGAACAUGCCCAGACGGUUUAACUUCAACGGCUGCUUGUCCCAGUGCUUCCCGAUCAAGAAAUUUGGCUUUGCACGCGAGUUUAAGAAGAUAUUGCAGACUACGUUCAAUGUGCGCAUCAACAUGAAGACGAGCAUCAUCCUCAGUAGCUCCACACGGGGCCUUGGGAAGUCAUUGAUGGUGCACAAUAUGGCGCUGGAACUUGGGGCAAACCUUCUUGAGAUCGAGUGCUACGAUGUGUUGAAUGUGGGGAACGAUGCCAAGACAUUGGGUACCUUGCGCGGCAAGAUCGACAGGAUUCUCAGCGAGUGUUUGGCCGAGGCCGGAGAGACCCAGCCGGGAAUCAUCAUCUACUUGAAGCAUUUGGAGGCGCUUUGCAAGAAGACCGACCAACAGGCGGCCCAGAAGGACUCGUUGUCGUUGAAGGUCUGGGAGACGUUUGAAGAGUGGCUCGAGAGUCUGAACGUGGCGGUGGUGGCGAGUGUGAACGAUAUGGACAAGUUGAGCGAUGUGGUGCGGAACAAGAUGAAGUUCCAGGUGGAGCUCGGAGUGCCGAGUGAAGCCGAGAGAAUGGAUGUGAUCAAGUUUCUCUUGGAGCCGGGUGUGCUCAAGGGUGCGGAGGUUGAGAGGCUCAUGCGUGCGCGUUCGGCGCAGACUCCGCUUAAGCCCGCAUCGCGCGCGUCGUUCGUGUACUCCAAGCGCAUUGACGUAAGCUUCCAGGCGUUGGCGCUCCAGUCGGCCGGGUUGACACCGCGAGACCUCAUUUCCAUUGUGGAUAACACCAAGUCAUUGGCCCUUGCCCGCUUUUAUGCGCUUGCCCAGGCUGGGAACACCUCCAUCGCGGCCGUUGUCCUUGCAAACGGAGGAUUUGUGACUCUCGCGCCGGUUGACUUUGAGGCGGCGAUUAACGACGCGCGCAACAAGUUUUCCGACUCCAUCGGCGCUCCACGGAUUCCUAAUGUCAAGUGGGAAGACAUUGGCGGUUUGGACUUAGUCAAGGACGAGAUUCUCGACACCAUUGACAUGCCGUUGAAGCACCCGGAGUUAUUCGCGAACGGGAUCAAGAAACGCAGUGGGAUCUUGUUCUACGGACCACCGGGGACGGGUAAGACCUUGCUUGCAAAGGCGAUUGCUACCAACUUCUCGUUAAACUUUUUUUCGGUGAAGGGUCCGGAGUUGUUGAACAUGUACAUCGGUGAAUCGGAGGCGAACGUGCGGAGAGUCUUCCAGCGGGCCAGGGAUGCCAAGCCGUGUGUAGUGUUCUUUGACGAGUUGGACUCCGUGGCACCUAAGAGAGGCAACCAGGGCGAUUCUGGUGGCGUGAUGGACAGAAUCGUGUCCCAGCUCUUGGCCGAGCUUGACGGUAUGAGCGGAGGUGACGGUGGCGACGGUGUGUUCGUCGUAGGGGCCACCAACAGACCGGAUUUGUUGGACGAGGCGUUGUUGCGUCCCGGCAGGUUCGACAAGAUGUUGUAUUUGGGGAUCAGUGAUACACACGAGAAGCAGCAGAAGAUCCUCGAGGCGUUGACACGGAAGUUUCCCUUGGAUCCUAAGGUGGACUUGGAGCGAAUCGCCCAGGGCUGUCCGUACACGUUCACCGGCGCGGACUUCUAUGCCUUGUGUUCCGAUUCGAUGUUGAACGCGAUGACCCGGACGGCCAACCAGGUCGAUACGAAGAUCACAGAGAUGAACAAGGGGAGAGCCCCGGAAGAUGCUGUUUCGACAAGGUGGUGGUUUGACAAUGUGGCUAAAUCGGAGGAUGUGGAUGUAUUGGUCAGCGAGCAGGACUUUACCAAAGCCAGGGGGGAGUUGAUCCCGAGUGUGUCUGCCGAGGAGUUGGAGCAUUAUUUGAGGGUAAGACAGAACUUUGAGGGGAUUAAGGAGAAGGCAAAGCCUUGAGAAAGGAAGUGAAGAAGCGAAGCCUGUUAAGGCAAGACUUGUAUAUUGAGCUUGUUAAACAUGUAAGCGGAGCAAAAUCGGUUAGGUUAAUAUUUUGGUUCUAAUAGAUUUGUUCAAUUAUGACGUGGAAAUGAGCAUGGUCUGAAAGGCGAACGUGGUAUUUAACUAAGUUUGAAUUACAA